UAUGCUGUGAUGGUAGCCAUGUUCUUCACUGUCAGUGUGGUGAACAACUAUGCCCUGAAUCUCAACAUCGCCAUGCCCCUGCAUAUGAUAUUUAGAUCUGGUUCUCUAAUUGCCAACAUGAUCCUAGGAAUUAUCAUUUUGAAGAAAAGAUACAGCAUAUUCAAAUAUACCUCCAUUGCCCUGGUGUCUGUGGGGAUAUUUAUUUGCACUUUCAUGUCAGCAAAGCAGGUGACUUCCCAGUCCAGCUCGAGUGAGAAUGACGGAUUCCAGGCAUUUUUAAGGUGGCUACUAGGAAUUGGGGCACUGACUUUUGCACUUCUGAUGUCAGCAAGGAUGGGUAUUUUCCAAGAGACCCUAUACAAACAAUUUGGGAAACACUCCAAGGAGGCUUUGUUUUAUAAUCAUGCCCUUCCACUUCCUGGCUUCAUCUUCCUGGCUUCCGAUAUUUAUGACCAUGCAGUUCUGUUCAAUAAGUCUGAAUUAUAUCAAGUUCCAGUCAUUGGUGUGACAGUGCCCAUCAUGUGGUUUUACCUCCUCAUGAAUGUCAUCACUCAGUACGUGUGUAUCCGGGGCGUCUUCAUUCUCACCACAGAAUGCGCCUCCCUUACCGUCACCCUUGUUGUGACUCUGCGCAAGUUCGUUAGCCUCAUCUUUUCCAUCUUGUACUUCCAGAACCCUUUCACUCUGUGGCACUGGCUGGGUACCUUGUUUGUCUUCAUUGGGACCCUAAUGUACACAGAAGUGUGGAACAACCUAGGGACCACAAAAAGCCAGCCUCAGAAGGACAAGAAAAACUGAGGUCUGCGUGGAGCAGAGACCAGUGUCCUAAUGUGCCAGGGUCUGGUGAAAGUCUGGCCACCAUUUCACGUUCGCUAAUGCUGAAGUAUUGAAUCAACCUUGUACCAGAGAAUCCUCAGAAAGAGGGACUUCUCAGAUUUCUUAAGGCUGUACAGACCAACGUUUGCGGACUCUAAAUGGACACCCCUCAACCACGAAGUAGAAACAAGAACAGUUCUCUGCUAUUGAACAGCCGGUUUGUUACUUGUUUUGUUUACCAAAAUAUUUAGUACUGUUACUUGUUUAUGGAAUCCUGAGUCCCCACAGCUACUAGUUUUAUAUGCGUGGUCUCAGAUGAGUUGAUCUUUUGUUGCCAUUCUGAUGAUUCUCUGCCACACAGUCAUUAUCCUCCUGUGGCCUCGUCCCUUCUUUCUGUCACCUUUCCCCUCCCCCCCCCACCCCCGCAGCACUGUCAGCCAGUCAGAUGCUCCAGGCCUCAUCCUUGGGAAACAGCUGCGUGGCCCUGUGAAUUGAGACCCCAGUGACAUUGGGCCCGGAAAAGAAGCGGUUGUCCCUGUGAGCAGAGCCUUGUCACCCUUGAGCAGGGCCGGUGGGAAUUCUUUCCUCCAUCUUGCUUUUUUUUUUUUUUUUCCUCUUAUGCAAGUCUUUUGCUUUCUGUGCUUUAGAACAGACCUGCGGCGCAUCUCUAUGGCACAGAGUUAAUAAGAAAGGUUUAUGUGAGUCGGGAGGGAGAGAUGUUUUCCUCCGUCUUGUACAUGGAGCCCUUCAGCUCCGGGAGCAGCUGCCCCUCGGCGGCACCCAGAGAGCCCCAACUCCCCUCUGGGCCCAGCCAGGCACACGCAGGGCUGGUUCCCAGUGGGUGCGUUAGCUCUUUGAAAGGCUUCUUAACCAGAGAUGCCGCUCUGCCUGUCAGUCUGAUAGAGUCAUGGGCAGUCAGGCUAAGGAGUAGACUAGUAUAUGGUGGGCGUGGUGGGUAAAUCAGGUCCAGUCACAGUGAAAAUGAAGGUGGAUUUUUUUCUUUCCUAAGAGGUAUCUCAGUGUUCUUGGUGGUUAUUUACAGGUGGUUGGGAGGUAGUGUGUUCUGCUGUGUAGAAACAUGAUGCCCCUUCUGGCUAAUCAUUUCAGAGGUGUGGUUUUUCCCUCCUGGGAUAAUUUUGAGAAAGAGGAACAGUGUCAGUAUAGCAUGUGUAAGAGAGAACAAGCGUUUGUGUAGUUCUGUGAUAAUACUGGAGGAGAAAAGAGCAUGAAAGUCUUUUCUUCUAUUUCCUCAUUCUUCACUCAGCUUCGGACCUUCAUUAACCUCACAGAAGUACAUACACUUCCGUCUUUUGCACACAGAGCCCUUCCUUUGGGCACAGACUGUGUUCUUACAUUGCGAUGUGGUUCUCCAGAUCUCCUUGUCUCAUUCUGUAGUGUGGAUAUUUCCUUAUCUGCAGCUGUUCUCUGAUGGGGUCUGAGAUAAGUGUUGGGUCAUUGGGUCGCUCUGGGGAAGUAACUUAAGCUGCCUCAUUGUUUCUCCAUGUUAGUCACCGGGUUCUCAGACUAAUUUGUUGUUCUGAAGGACAACUUUCCAGAGCUAAUAAUUGGUCUACCCUAAAAGAUGCCAAAUUUGGUGUGAACCCGUUCAUGGAAUCAAAAGGCAUUUUCUUUGAAAUAUGUAGAGUUCCUCAGGCUGAUGAUGCUAUAAAUAGCAUGUGUUAAAUAUCCUCUUAAAAACAAUUAAUAAAAGCUACUUUUUAAAAAAUCACUUAAUAGAAGAACCUGUCCCUAGGGGCUAUUGGGUUGCUAUGUAUCUGGAGUCUUAACAGGCUUUCAUAACUUAGUGUUAUCCUUUUUAUGUUGAUGAAAAUUUUUAGUUAUUGAAAUGUGUUGGUGUACAUAGACAGCAUUUAACUGGGUCUGUUAGGUUUUAGAUUCUGGUUUUAGAAAGUACAUGUCCCUCUUAGUCUGAACACCUCUGCUGGUUUUAUUAACAAGAGGUUAUAUAUGGAUAGAUUAUGGCACUUAAACAAAAAACGAACAUAUGUAAGAACAGAAUGUCUGAAGUGCCCUCUGAGUUGAUUUUCUCUCUAGUGGCCGGAUGUAAGAAAAUAUGUCUAAUGGACACUAAUACUUCCAUUAACAACUUUUUUUGGACCAUUUAUUUCCAUAGGAUAACUGAUUUUUCAAUCCAGGUUGAAACUAAUUUCAACUUUUAUUAAAGAGGCAAAUAAACCAUUUUGUAGAGGACCAGACCCAUGCAACUGAAGGAGAAAUGUCUAUUACAGUGCUUCUCUUCUCUGGGUCAAGACUAUGUAACUGUGUACCCUAGAGCUAGAGUUUGUUUACAAGAGAGAUUGGUGUUUAAGACAGCCAAAACUCUACCCUUAGAGCAAAGAUCAAAUAGCAGAUGGUACUAGCCAGAAAGUAUAGUGUGUGUGUGUGUGUGUGUGUGUGUGUACAUGUGUAUACAUACUGGGGUACCCACUUAACAACUUGACCACUGUCAUAGAUAAAGUAACAGGAGAAAAUGGUGGAUAUUUGAAUUAAUGUAAUACCUACAUCAUUUUAUACAAUUCUGUUGUCACAUUAUAAAUGCUCUUUUUCAUUUUUUUUUUCUUGAUCCUUUUUAUUUUCCUUUUUCCUAAAACAGUCAUUAAUGUACUUGGUAAGUGUCUAUCAAGUUUUAAAGUAUUUAGACACAAUCUGGUUUUUCCUCCUUCUUCCUGCCCAGUUAUCCAAUUACGAAAUGCUCCAGUACCUUACUCUUGUGGGAAGAUUACCUGACAUUUUUAAAGCAUUCUAAUAACUUGAGGUCAUUUCUUGAGCACCUUUCCUCCUUUCUGCCCUAUUUUGUUUCCCUCCUAAGCCCCACCUCCAGUGUCCUCACUGCAGUCCCUGUUCACUUGUGUACUUUUCCACUGAAAAUUUGUAUAGUUUUCCACGCCUGUAAUCUUGUAUCUGUUUAUGCCUCUGUUCUCUGGGGCCUCUCAGAUGUUUUUCUGGAUUUUUACAAGGUAUUUAUAUCUGUGUAGCACGUAUUUUGUUAGACAUUGUUAUAAGCAUUGAUACUUGGAGUGUGAGAAGAUCUGGCCCAUAUGUGAAUAUAUGUAUAGGUAAGUAUGAACAUGAGGGUAAAUGUAAAAAUGUUUAUAUGUUUUGUUACCUGAAACGGGGGCUGAAAAUCUUAACCACCAUGUUCUUCUAUAUUUGGAAAAUAAUGUUCUUGUUUGCUCUUUUCACCCCACGUUGAGCUCACUUUACUCACCAGUGCCAAAUGCCAGGGAGAGGGGAGGUGGAAAACCUCAGGAAUUAUUCAGAGCCAGUGAAUUAGCUGUGGGCUGGUGGAUCAGUUGGCAUGUCAGAGUGAAGGGGAGGAAGAAAAUUUCCUGUCCAAGGUUCUUCCUGCUGGACUAGGAAUUAAAUUUACAUGAUACAGAUUAACAGGAGGAAAAAAAAAAUCAGUUUUAUUUUGUGCACCCGGAGUCCCAAUAAGGAAACUGAAACCUAAAUAGAAGACCAAAGCAGGCAUUUUUAAAAUACACAUUUUAGACAGUAAACCUGUCAGGAGUUGACGGGAUAAAGAAAACGGAUGUUUAGGAGCUUUAGUAAGGAAUUCGGGCUGUGGUAGUAGAUUAGUAAAAAUAUAACCAGGUUUGUUUCUGCAGCUUUCUUGGCUUUAAAGAUUUUUUUUUUUUUAGUUUUCUUAGUGCAGGGAGGGUACCUUUCACAUGGGAGACUUAUUUUCUACUUUCAGGAGGAUAGAGGAGGGUCUGAGUGUCCUUGUACAUGCUGUUUCCCACAUAGUUUCAAUUCAAAAUAAUGAGUAUGCCAUUGUGGUACAUUAUGGGGCCUGCCCUUGGCCCCUGCAGUUCCCUCCACCAAAAUUUCCCUGGAAGUUUCACACAUUAAAAGUUCCAGAUUGUUCCAUUUCAAUGAACCAGUCUGGGUUCUGACGAUAACGUCAGUUUAGUUAAACUCAUUUCAGGAGGUGGUGAUGUGUUCUCAAAGUUAGUCCAAUGGUUUGAAUCAGGAAUGAGUAAGCCAUUUCUAUGGAAACAAAAGCAAUGGUUAAUGAUUGGAUCAAAUUAUAAACCGGUUUCUGAGGGGAGCAGUCGAGUGGAUUUCUGGAUGACUGGCAGUGGCAGUCUGAUGUAUUUUCGUGGUUUGUAAUUGGAGUUUCUGUGAUCUUUCUGAGUCAUCCGUAGAGCAGCAGGCAUGGAGAUCGUGUACAUAUGAGCUGGUGCCACUUCUUGGAAGCUUAAGUUGUUUAUAUGCAGUUUGCAGGGCUUCAGGAAAAAGUGCAGUUUUUGGUUAGCAAGCCAAGUAAAAAGGAUGGGGAAGAAAAACAAAAAUGUUAGUUGGGGGAGUUGUAGCCAGGCACUGGAGAAAACCACGAGAAAUCAGGAUCUUGUCCAGUUUAUAAUGAAGUGUAUUAGAAUAUAGUAUUCACAAAGGUAUGUUAUUGGAAGUUUUUCUCUUUAUAAGCACACUCAUUUUUACCAGACAUAGCCCAGUUGAGACUAAUCGGUUUGCAAAAUAAGUCUAGUUUUUUAGAACUUGGUCUGAUUCCUUAUAUGAUAUGCAGCAAGAAUAGCGAUUGAUUGUGUAGGCUCUUUUUAUAAGGACUCUCCAGACUGAACUUUACAGCCUCUCAAGGUUAGAAGCCAAGCCAAAUACUUGCCACAGAUUUCACCUGUAAGAUUUGGAUUAAUUCUUUCUCAGGGUCUCCAAAGUACCCUGAGGUUCUUUUUCCUGCCAGGAAGUGACCAUCUCUCUUCAACUGGUAAGUUUGUUAGGAACCCUGUCAGCAAGAUAUCAGGCUGUUUUUCCAGGGGGCUUUAUUGGCUCCAUAUAGUCAACCUUAGUUCCUUAAGCUGUCUGGUAGUAUCUGAGUUUAUGCAGGUCUCCCUCAAAUAUGACAUUCCAGUCAAAGCCUUGGUAAUAUAACCAGGGUUUCCAGUUGUGUCCUGUUACUUAUUGAACUUUUGCAAAUGAAUAUAUUAUGAAAAUAUAAGAAUACUGAGAGUUUUUGAAUUCCUAAGGGAUCAGGUAGAGAGAAGAUAAAUGUUUUAUUCACAAAGGUAUAUUUUAUCAAAUUGCUGUAAGUUAUCUUAAUUUCUUUAAAUCUGGAUAAACAAUGUUUCAACCAAAGAAAGUCAUAAAAAUUACAAUCAUCCUCCAUUCAGUCCCAUGUUAUUAUUGUUUUGCUUUAAUUCUUCUCUAGAAAUCUAAUUCUUUCAUUAGUUCUGGAAAUUCUUACCGAGUACAGUUGCAUGAUCUUAAUAUUAUCAGAAACCUGUACUCCAAUUUCUUUCCAUGAGUCUCAGUGCAGACGAAACACAUUUGCAGGAGGGCUUGUAAAAGCAUCUGAGUAUAACAGUCUGGAAACAACAAAAGACUUAAAAGUGGCCAUGGCUAGAGAUCUGAUUAGAGUUCAUAACAGUGCAGUUGACAAGGAAAUUCGGUUAUUUCUGUGACACACAACACUUCAAACAACAUACUAGGACAUACCUGAUUUCUAAGAGCUUCAUACAGUUUUUAAUAACAUUUCUAUAUAAUUAUAAUCUGAGAGAGUUCAGUAUCACUCAGUUGACAGAGCUUCCCAUUUAACAUAACCAGCCUAAUUAGUGUAAUCUUUUUAUAAGGAGACCAAAUAUCUAUGGGCCCUCUGGAAUAUUUCAGUUAGAUGGUGAUGAAAAGACUUUAUUGACAAACUUUCCAGAAUCAAAUUCUAAACAUCAAAAUGUUUGAACAUUUUAUUAAAUAGGAUUGCUGAUCAUUCUAAAAUAUUUAACCAAAGUGACAAAAGAUUUUAAAGGCAAAUACCCAAGGUUACAUAAUUGUGAGCAAAAGUUGGCUCUUUUAAUAUUGAAGACUUGGUUUUCCUGAAUGAUCAAAGAUCUGAUGAAGACAUAGAAUCUUAGAUUAUUGGUUUGCUUUGCAUAAAUUGUAAACAAAACUAAUGUUAAAACUUAAAUUUAUUCUAAUCUUAGCCAUUAGUGACCAUAUAUAAAAUUCCUUUUUUACAUUCA